UCAUACUAGGUAUUUAAUUUAUUGUUUUUGUGUGUAUAUAUAUAAGAGUAGCCGAUCAUAUAUAUCCAAAUUCCCAUCAACUCUAUCCUUCAACUUCUAUCUGAAGGCUCACGGCAACAACAACAACUAGUGUGCGUAUAUCAAUUGCAAAUCAGCUGGAGCCUGGAGCUAGCCAGCCGGCUAUAAGAAUUGAUCAUCAAUUCAAUUCAAUUCUGCCAUUAAUUAUUAUGUCAUAUUUGAUGAGCUCACAAGGCGUUGUCUUGGCAACAGCCGUAGCCGUUUCAGCCGGCAUUGUCGUUCUCUUUGAUCGUCUUCGAGAAAAGUAUUUUUCAACUGCACACCUUGAACUUACCAAGAAUGUUCAAAAUUCUCCACAGGAAAAGCCUAUUCUUAAGUCUUGCUUAUCGUCAGGUGAAAAGAACAUGAAUUCGAGGAAGGAAAAAAAGAAGAAAAGGGUUCAUUUUGCAGCAGAUGUGAAAGAUUCAAACAAUAAUGGCGAGGAGUAUAGAAGAGAAAAUAGAAAUUCUUGUGGGAAGAAGAUUUUGGGUAUGCCAGCAAAUCGAAGAGCUUUGUACACUGGAAUUCUCAAAGAUCGUGUGCAUCGCAUGGAAUUCUCUUAUUGAUAAGUAGAAAAUAAAGAAAAACAAAUUGAAGAGCAAUUAAGAGAACAAAUUUUAGGCCCUUCCCAAUUUGGUUAUAAAUCGUGAUGCAUGAACAUUACUUUAGAAUGUUUUGUAUAUCUACAUUCGAUUGUUUUCUAAAUUUAUGUUCUUUCUUAUGUUUUUUGUUGAGUCCAUGUUGAUGGGACGACAAUAAUUUUAUUUCUUUACAUGAUAUUGAAAAGUAUGUAUAUCCUUUUCUGGUGAUAGCUGUUAGUACAAAA